UACCUUGAUCUUUGUGAAAUUAUCAACUUGAGCAUAUUAUCAAAAGCAUGGGCAAUUUUAAUUAAUAAUGAUAUAGUAUGGAAAAAAUUAUUUUAUAAAAGUGAAUUCCUUGUAACGAAAGUUUUCAAAACAUACAAAGAGCAAUAUCAAUAUCAUUAUAUAACAAAAGGUUAUGAUGCUGUUGUGACAUUACCUUUAUUCAUAUUCCAGAAAAGUUGUCGUGACAUACGAGCUAUUGGUGGAAAAGGUAAUUUUGUUUUUGAGUUGGUUAAUGGUAGCAUUAAAUUGAAUCCAGUUUGUGUCAUGCAUAAACAUAUUAAAUUUAAUGUUACAAAUCCAAUUUCUGUUCAAUUUUCUCAUAGUUAUUUUAAUUAUUUGAUAAAAUUUACAAGAGAUCUCUCAUCAUUUGAAAACAUCAAAUUAUAUUUAUCAAAGAAUAAUUCAUCUCUCAUAGAAUUUAAGGAUGAUAGUUCUUAUAAGAGUGGAAAUGUUAAAAUCGAAAUCAAUAACAAUGAACUUAAAUUUAUUGCAGAAAGUGAGUUGGUUAAUGGUAGCAUUAAAUUGAAUUCAGUUUGUGUCAUGCAUAAACAUAUUAAAUUUAAUGUUACAAAUCCAAUUUCUGUUCAAUUUUCUCAUGGUUAUUUUAAUUAUUUGAUAAAAUUUAUAAGAGAUCUCACAUCAUUUGAAAACAUCAAAUUAUAUUUAUCAAAGAAUAAUUCAUCUCUCAUAGAAUUUAAGGAUGAUAGUUCUUUUUCAGCCAAAGGUUUAACAAACAAAGAUGCUGAAGGUGAUCCAUAUGUUAAACUUUGGAUUGAAAAAGAAUAUCCUCAAAGAACUAAAACUCAAGUUGGUACCUUAGAACCAGUAUGGAAUGAAACUUUUACAUUUAAAUUGAAGGAUAAUGAUAAAGUUCUUCAUCUUAAAGUCUUUGAUUCUGAUGGCCCAGAUCCAAAAAAAGAUGAUGAGCUUGGUGAAACAAAAAUAAAACUUGAUGAAGCUUUCCAAAAAGGAAAAAUUGACAAAACUAUUAAAUUACCAACUUGGCUUGGUCUCUUUAGUGAAGUAUUAUCAUUUGUUGAUUUAUUAUUUGUUGAUUUAUUAUUUGUUGAUUUAUUAUUUGUUGAUGAUGUGGUUGUGGUUGUGGUUGAAAUUGGAGACACUGGGCGGUUAAUAACUUCUCUUACAGCAUUAUCAAUAGCAUUCUUAAAUCUUCCUUCUUUUGAUGUUGGCUUGACAAGAAACAGUUUAACUAGUGUUCCAUUGAAAACACCUAGAUAA